AUGCUCCGAAAUGCGCUAUCUGGGAGUUUCGACACGAUUUUGACCGUAAAAAGAUGCAAUUCGCCAAGUUUUCACGUUUCUCGUCGCUUCCUGGCCGUCGAUUAUUCGGAGGAAAAGCCUGGCGCCCCACAACUUGAACACAUCCAAAAGAGAGUCACAGAAACGGUUCCUCUGAUGUUCCGACAACGGCUCGAUUACACCUUCUACCGGAACGACGUUUUCUGUGACAACCAGAUUCUGAACAUGCAGAAGAAGGGUCGGACCCAGCUCAUGAGCCACUUUGGGUUGAUCGGCACCCUGGGACAAGUCGCCUUCCCGCACAUUCAAAUGGAAGUUAUUUCCGUCGUGCCGAUCCUGGAAGAUGGAACGGUCCGGUGUCGUUGGCGAGUGAAGUACGUCUCCUUCUGGCGCCUUGCCACGAACCCUCGCCUCUUCCGCUUCGACUACCGCAUGAAGAACUUGUCCUGGUUCGACGGCUACUCCGUCUUCACGGUCGAUGGAAACGGCGACGUCUACAAGGUCACCGUCCAGAAGACGAUGAAAGACGAAGGUCAGAAGUCCCUUCUCGGCACCUCGGCGGAGAAGGUGAAGCAGAAAAUUGCCGAACUGCAGCAGCAACCUAGUGUUAACGCGUCCAAGACAUAUUUUUUCCUCAGAAUGCUGUUUUAG